GGUGGACUGAGGAGGAGCACAACCGAUUUCUUGAAGCUCUGAAGCUGUAUGGGAGGGCCUGGCAGCGCAUCGAAGAGCAUAUUGGUACUAAGACAGCUGUGCAAAUCAGGAGCCAUGCACAAAAGUUCUUUACUAAGGUGAUCCACAUGUGGUCCAAGGCUUAUCGUGAAGUCAACUUGGUUCUUUUUAUGAUAUCCACCCCUUGCCCCUCUUUUGCCUCACUCCUCACAUUGUAAAUUGUUGUCUGCUGUCGCACCUCACAUCAUCCACUUCCAUUGUCCAUCACCGCCCGCUGUCUUGUUACCCCCGGCCCACCGGCCCUAUUGAAUUGUUACUCUUCAUCUUCCGUCGUUGCCGCCUCCUCCCCUAUCUGCAUUGCCACCUCUUCCUCUUCUUAUCCAAUGCCUAGCCCUCCUCUCCUUUUCUGCCCGCUUUGUCCCAUCCUCUUCUUCUUUGCCUCCUCCUCUUUUCUUUCUCCUCUUUUUCCUCCUCCCUAUUCUUUGUGUCGUGGUGCCAGACCCAUGCCAUUCUCCCAAUGGACCAGCACAGAUCCGAUACCUAAAAUUGAGUUCCACGCUCCAUGAAACCCUAUUUGUACCAAACACAGUGAAUAUGAUUUGUUAUAUCAAUCAACUUAUGAAAGGCAAUCUUGUAUAAACAUAGAUAAGAGAACUAUGAUACUCAUCAUGGUAAGAUCAAGCUAUUUGUCGCACAUAAGUGACAUCAUAUGCAUCUCACUACUUCUUAAAUGACUUGAUCCAUUCUUGGAUUUCCUUUACCUCCUCAUCAAGAUGUCUCAAAUGAAGUAGUUUGUAUAACAAGAAUAUGUGUUUUAAUGGAAACCACGACACUAUGGUAAGGGUCUCAAGCUUCAUGAUGAUGCACUUAAAAGUUGAAUCAAUUUCCAACUAUUUUUACUAUAUCCCUUUUACUUAUCUUUAGUGUAAGCAUCAUUGAUCUUGGUUUAAUUUGCAAUCUAAGAGAUGAAAUUGCAGAAUGAUCCAAAUCGACAACAUCAAGAACUUUCUUUUUGCUGAAUAAACUGUAUGAUUCCCAUGUGCACCCUUGGGACAAUCUCAUACUAGUAAUCCUGCCAAGCUAAAAUGCACCACUGGGCUUCUUAUAAUGACAUACAUGUCUAAUUCUAUUCUCAUAGCAUUCCUUCAUAUUGGAAACCAAGGAUUGUAAUUUCGUACUGUAUCGGAGUUUUGAUGUCAGCUCGGUACGGUACGGUAUGAGCAUAUCGAGCAGUAUGCUUUAGCAUACCGCUCUCUCUCUCUAUAUAUAUAUAAGUUAAAAAAAUAAAAAAGAGGUGACGUCGUCGAGGCAACGUCGCCUUGUUUCUUCUCCCCACGUGCGGUUUCUUCUCCCCACACAGAUGAGGAGAAGUUGCUAAUGACGCCAAGGCCUUGUCACCUCAGACGAGGAGGCAACAUCUCAUUUGCGGCGUCCGACGAGGGAGGGCGACGACGGAUCAGGAUCGUCAAGGGAGAGCGGCGUCGGAUCUCUAGGGUCUCCCUUUUCUUCUCCCUCUUCUUCCUUCUCGCUCGGCUAAUAUUGUCCACUACGGUAACGGGGCGGAAACAACCCCAAUCGACAGUAUCGCCCGGUAGUGGGCGGUCCGUGUAUCGAUCUGCUAGCGGACCGGUAUGUAUCGCCCGGUACGGGUGGUAUCAUUCGAAAUUAAAACCCUUGUUGGAAACUAAAAAAUUUCAACAACCAUCACCACUAUUGCCAUUGUAAUGGUCAUAUUUAGUGGAAUUAUUAAAUCCAUGCCAAUAUCCUAUGGCCUCCUUGUAGAUGUAUAUAUGCCUACCGAUGCAAGAAUCACAACUGCAAGCUCACAAUUCUCAUCAACAUAGUUCACAUGACUCACUCAUCAUGAGUGAACGACUUAAAUCUCCAUGUAUCAUUGUCCUUCUUGAAUACUUUCUAUUGUAGCCUUAAGGCUUUUCAGAUAUCUAACUUUAUCUUCAAAUCUUGUUCAAUCACUUGGGGUGCCUUUGUACUUGUUGCCAUGUUUGAAAAUCCACCAUGACCAAUGUAAUGGUGCAUGCACCAUCAAUGAUGGUCGUUGCUCUAAGUGAUAAGCAUGCUUUUAUGUUAGAAUUGAUACUUUGUCACUUUGAUAUCAUUUCCUACAAACAUUAACAAACUCAUUCAUGUGUAUAAUUAUUAGGUUUUACAUUUGAUACUAAAAAUAUUUGGUUCCACAUUGGUUGGAGAUCAAGGUCUAAUAAAGAGGCAAAGGUAAAUCUAUUCCUAGAGGUGCCUUUUAGGUCUACCUUGAAAGGAUAAAACCAUGUAGGGUUUAUCCAGAACUCGCACUAGUGAUGGCUAAUAUAGAUCUUAUCAGUGAAUCUAGUCAAUGCUUAUUGCGCUUGAUGCCAUGUCAGCUAUAGAAGAUAAGGAAGAAUCUAAAGGAUGGAUGUGUCAUAUUAGUAGAGCAUCUAAAGGUCGAUUGUUAUAUAAAGCUACCUUCUUAUGAAUGUUUUCAUUUGUAACUUACUAAACGAAUACUUCAAGGCUUCUGAUGCUUACAAAAAUAUAUCGACUUUUGUCGUUAGAGGGGUUUUGCGAGUCAUUUUUGAAGGAAGUGGGAUAUGAGAUACGAGCAUCAUUCAUCCUCGAAUUGAGGUGAGCCAAACGAUACAAGCAUUUUUUGCAUAUGGAAAAAUAUCUCCCUCUUCCAAUUUCGGAAUACUAAAAAAUCUUUCCUCUUCCUGACGCGAUAAUACUAAAAAAACUGAGCGAGGUAGGGUAAAUUUUUUCAAGUCAAAUUAAUAACCAAAUUUGAUCAUAUUAAUAUCUAACUCAGAUAUGCAAUUAUUUAGGUCGGGCUUUUGACGCUUACAAAAGCGUACCGACUUUGGUCGUUGGAGGGGUUUUGCUAGUCGAUUUUGAAGAAAGUGGGUACAAGAUACGAGCAUCAUUCAUCCAAGAAUUGAGGUGAGCCAAAGGAUACAAGCAUUUUUUGCAUAAGGAAAAAUAUCUCCCUCUUCCAAUUUCUGAAUACUAGAAAAUCUUUCCUCUUUCUGACGCGAUAAUACUUAAAAAAUGAGCUAGGUCAAGUAAAUUUUUCCAAGUCAAAUUGAUAGCCAAAUUUUAUCAUAUUAAUAUCUAACUUAGAUCUGCAAAUAUUUAGGUUAGAUAUAAGACACAUCAUUAAAUCUACAAAUAUUUGGGAAAUGUCUUCAUCUAAAUCUAGAGGUUUCAUGAUAAGCAUCACAUCAUGUUCCGAAGAAAGAACUAAUGACAAAGCAUAAUAAACAAAAAUAAACUACUAAUUUUGAGUCUAACCUUCAGAUGUAUCUUGACUUGGAAAAAUACAGUGAUGAUUUCUGGAGUUUUAACCUUAAUUAGCUAAAAAUUAGAGCUUUUAAACUAUCAUUACCAAAUAGACAUUUUAAUCCUUGAUUUGUGGUAGGUGUUAGAUGCUGUGCAUUAAUUUUGCCUAGUUGAUGAUUGAUAUCAAAACUGAUUGGUAUAGGUUGAUAUAUACUGGUUUGACAGCUGCCCAGUCCGCAAACUGGACAAUUUUGUCUGGUCCAAUUCAGUAUCCGGUGUACGGCCUAGUUUGCUUAUUGUAGUGAAUGACUAGUUUGUUUUGGUCUGGUCACCCAACUUCCCUCACCCUUUUCUUAUUUGAUCCUUUGUUUCUCCCUUCCCUUUUGUUCCAUUCUACCAAACUAUCUAUAUCUCACUCACAAAUCUUCAUAUUUCUCAAAUCUAGCUUUGAUUUCAACCAAAUCAAGGCUCAAUUUAUUUUUUCUGCAGAACAAGCUUGAAAAGGAAGCUCUUGAGAAAGGUAUUCCCCCAGGACAAGCUCAUGACAUAGAUAUCCCUCCUCCUAGACCUAAAAGGAAACCGAGUAGUCCAUAUCCACGGAAGUCCACUGGAAGUUCUCUUGCUCCUGGGGAAGCAAUAUAUGGGAAACAAGUACAAUCAAUGUCACUUCUUGGCAUGAAUAUAGUAAUGGGCAUUGGUGGUGAUGCACCGCAAGAGAAAUACGCAGCAAUGCAAAAGUUGCAAAGUAAAGAGAUUUCAGAAGAUGCUGGUUCCUCAGAAGUUCUUAGUGUCUGUCAAGAUGAUUUGUCUGCUUCCUUCUCUUCUGCAAACAACAGCUCCUCCAAUCAUGGCAAAUACAUGGAAUUCUUGCCCACAAGGGAGAAAAUAGACAGGAAGAUUGCAAUUAAUAAAUACUCAGCACCUCAUGAAGUGGACCAGGAGCUAGAUAGAAGUAGCAAAUUCUUUGUAGAUCAUGAAAUGGAAGGAGUCAAUUUGACCCUAGAAGAAGGUGCAAGUACAUCAAAGAAUACUGUGGAAGGCAAUCAAACACACCUAAAGAAUCCUCCUCUCCAUAUUGUCGAUAGAGAUGGUGAAAAAAGCAUGCAGACUGAAGAUUCAGAUGGUCAGAACUGUAAUGCAGUAACUGGGCAAGAAGGAGGGCAUGCAAAUGCUAACCCAUCCAUGAACCCUGUAAUUUCUGCAAUGCCGUUCCAGAACAUACCAACAAUUGGUUCCAUGCAUCAUCCAUUUCCAGCCCUCUCAGCCUUUACCCACUUCCACAGCAGUCAAGAUGCUUAUAGUUCAUCCCUAAACAUCUCAUCCACAUUUCCGAGUCUCAUUGUUUCUACCUUACUACAAAAUCCAGCAGUUCAUGCUGCAGCCAGUCUGGCAGCAUCAUUCUGGCCAGCUGCGGGGCUGGAAACCUCUCUUCAGUCAGCCCCAGAAAUAUUUGCUGGGGAAAUUCCAGAACAGCAGAUGCACCCAACUCCAAGCUUGGAGGCCAUUGCUGCUGCUACAGUUGCAGCUGCAGCUGCAUGGUGGGCAUGUCAGGGUCUCUUGCCAUGGUUCCCUCCUCUUACUGGUUUUGCAUUUGCUCCUCCAACCGCAGCCGCUGUCCCCUCGGUAGACAUCGCCCGAGUUCAAGAAGCACAUGGUGGCACUAAGGAUAAACCUUUGAAAGAAGAUCAGCAACUUGGAAAUCAAAAUCAGAUCAAGGCUCAAAAACCUCAACAUCACUCUUCUAAAUCAUCAUUAUCAUCGUCAGACUCAGAUCAAAGUGGAAGAUGUAAAAACUCAAAUGAUCUGAAAGCCACUGGAUCUGACAAGUUCAAGCCAUUAGCUGUUAGUGGAUUACAGGAUUUAGAGAAGGCAAGGAAUAAUAAGAAACAGGAUCGUUCUUCUUGCGGAUCAAACACACCAUCUGGCAGUGAAGUGGAGACAGAUGCUAUAGAGAAGAAUCAUGAGAAAACCAAUGAUGAGGCUAAAGAAGUCUAUUUCAGUAAUUUUUCAGCUUGUGAGACCAACCAUCGCAGGCUCAGAAGCAGUGGAAGCAUGAAUGAAUCGUGGAAGGAGGUCUCCGAAGAGGGUCGACUUGCCUUCCAAGCACUGUUCAAGAGAGAGGUACUUCCACAAAGUUUUUCUCCUCCACAAACUGAAGCAGCAGCAACUGUGAUGAAUAAGGAGGAAACCACUAAAUUGCCAAUCGAUUUUAACAAGAAUGUGCAGCAUCCAACUGACCUUAACCAUCUUCAUGAUGACGCAAAGGAAGAGAUGUGCAUGCGAAGCAACGACAGCAUAAUACAGGGAAAGCUCAAGAUUCGUCGAACAGGAUUUAAGCCUUACAAGAGGUGUUCGGUAGAAGCUAGGGAGAACAGGGCAGCAGCGGUAGAAGAAGCUGGUAGCAAGAGGAUACGUCUGCAAGGGGAAGCUUUGACCUGAUGUCAGUGUUUCGAAUAGCUCCCUGCUCGUUCCUUUUUGCAUGUACAAUUUGCCUUGUGGGGUUAUGAGACACGGAGUUUGCCAAGCAUCAAAACUUUGGAACUUAAUCUGAACUUCAUAAUAUGUAGUAGUCUUGAUUUGUCAA